AUGACUGACUUGUCUCAUUCAGAUGAUAAAGACAUCCAGGCAAUCCCGGUGCCUGGCAAAAAUGCAACCCUUGAAGACUAUCAAGAAGCACUCAAAAUUGCUCAGCUUCAAGUCGUCGGAAAGCAUCAGACUGCACUGCAAAAAAUCUGCACUCUUGUUGGCACCUUGCAAAGCAAUCAACAGUCUCACCGCAAAGGACCGAAGACAGUCAAAAAGCACGACGAAGAAAUCUCAAUGCUUGGCCAUAAAUGUAGUGUCAUGGUUCCUCAUCCUGUCAUAGAGGCAAAUAGUCCCAAUCGAUAUCUUUCGGAAAUGAGCACCAAGCAAGGGGUUGUCGCAGAUCUGCAUGAUCUUGUUCCUCCAAAACUGCACAAAAUGAUGCAGAAAUACUCGCCUUUUGCCCAAAAAUUCAGAGCUGCUCUAAGUGGUUCAUGCUCCUCAAUCAUCCAUCAUUUGCGUGGCUCUAUAACAAAAAUUUUCCCUUCAUCUAAGGCGGACUAUUUUCAAAUUGAUUUCAAGGGAUACGAAGACCUUCCUGAAUUCCAAGCAUAUCUCAAGUUUGAUGCAACAAAAAGCAGUUAUCCAACAUUUGCCCCUAUAUUGUAUCCAAAUCUGAAAAAGAAUGACAAGAAGCUGUUUCAGAGUAUGAUUCUCGUCCAUGCAAGAUUCAUUGUGUCCCCUAAUAUCAGAUUUGAGCAGCAAGGUGCUCACUCGAGGAUCAAUUACCAGAAGGAUUUCAACAGAUACAAAGAGAUUCUAAUCAAAGGUGCUCAGCGUCCCAAUCUUCCAUCCAACUUGAUGCACAAUGAUAACAAUGAGGAGAGAGAUGAGUUUGAUGCUUCAGCAAUUUUAGCAGGCAUGGAUGCCAAGGAUGUUGAUAACGAUGAUGACAACAUGGGUGUAGAAAUCUCAGACACGACUAAUAUUCUCAGCUCUCUUGGUCUUGACAAUUCCACAUGA